GAUAUUUAGAAAACGGUAGCUUAUUGGUGGAGUCGGUUUCGGGCCAUCCCUAGGUAUAUCGAUAAGUAUUCACAAUAGCGGAUUGUUAUUGGUUCAGAGUUUCGCGUUUGCUAAAAUUUGUGAGAUGAGUACAUAUUUACAAAACAGUGAAGGCACAUUUAUACCGGCCACAAAGCGACCAGACGGCACGUGGCGCAAAGCCCGCCGUGUGAAAGACGGAUAUGUGCCACAAGAGGAGGUGCCUUUAUACGAGAGCAAGGGCAAGCAAUUUGCUCAGCGGCAAACACGAUCGGGUGUGCCUCCUGGCAUGUGCCCGUUGGUGGCUGCCGAGGCAAAGAAGGAACGCGAGAAACAAGAACGAGCUAAGACGAAAAAACUUGAAAAAGAACUAACAAAGAGCUCCAAAACGAUAGUAUCAAGUGCCGCAAAUGUGGAGCUCCCAACUUGCCCAACUACUACAGCCAAGCCGAAGCAGAUGUCUACAAGCAAGAGCGUAAUAGAAGUGGCUAGGACCCUGGAAGAUACAUUAAAGCUUGAUGACGUUGAAAAGAUAGACACGGCGAAACAAAUAAAGAAAUUACGGAAAAAAAUACGAGAAAUCGAGUUGAUUGAAAGUAGAAUGAAAGCUGGCGAAGUAAAGAAGUUGGAUAAGGACCAACUAGAUAAAAUAAAAAAAAAGCCCGAAAUUCUCGAACAGAUUAAACUUCUAGAAGACAACUCAGUACUGCCUCAGUCAUAGCUCUCUGGUCAUUUUAACAAAUACAAGCACGUGUCGCCGCCUCCACUCUACAUCCAUAUGUCUGUUAAAUAUUUUUAAAUUAAGUUUAGUUUUAGCUUAAGCUAUCCUCGCAGAUUUCCCGCCGCUUUUGAAUUGUCAUUCAUUAUUUACAAUUAUGUUCUGUCAUAUGUAGAUGUCUUAAUUUUUUUAGUUAAAAGUCUAUAGGCAGGAGAUUUUAAGUAUUUGUUAUUUAGGUAUUUUUGUAAAAAGUAAUUCGUGUUGGAAAUAAAUGAUAUAGAAGCAUA